ACGACGCACCGAGCGGGCAAUCUCCGGGGUCCGAACUUGACGUGAGCCGUUCACCGAGUCCGGGGAACUCUUCGCCGUCCGCCGUGAGCUCUGCGCCCUCGUCUCUCUUUUUAGUUCGCGCAGGAAAUGGAUCGCGCAGUAGCGGCACCCCCGGCACAACCGUCGGGCACUCUGCGUUUGGUGCUCGCCGCGUUGGCCGUGCUGACGCUGGGAGCGAAGGAGAGUCGUGCGUAUCCUCCGGACUGCGCGGGGGUGGUCUGCCCCCCAAACGACCGCUGCAUCGCAGAGAGCUCGGAGCCCCCCACUUGCUGCCCGACGUGCCUUCAGCUGGGCUGCACCUGCCAGGGAUAUCAGUACUAUGACUGCGUCGCUGCCGGAUACACAAAUGGAAAGGUGCCGGAGGGGCACGUCUACUACGUCGACGACGGCACCACGGCAUGCUCGUGCCCCGCGGGAGGCGGCUCCAUCAGCUGCAGCUUCAUGACCUGCCCAGACCUCCCGUCCAACUGCAUCGAGGAGGUCCACCGGCCGCUCGACCACUGCCCCGUGUGCCUCCGCGCCGGCUGCGUCUCGGACAGUGGCCACAAUCACGACGCCGGGUUCACCUUCCGCCUGCCAGGCUGCCGCGUCUGCCACUGCCCCCUUGGGGAAUCGCAGCUGCUGUGCUACACCGUCCCGGGCUGCGACUCGGCUGUCGAUUUUGCUGCCGCCACCCCUCCAGUGGAGGGCACUCGAGGGGAUGACCGUGGUGAACAUGGCUACGGUGGUCGUUAUGAGAAUGCCGCUUCUGCCGCUGCUGUUGCUGGACGUGGUGGUGAUUAUAAUGGCGGUGGCGACGACGGUGGCGACGGUGGCGACGGCGGUGGCUUUGCUUAUGGCAUUGGAUCAGAGCCCUCGCCGGUGGACAACAGGGGAGGCAGGCGAGGGGAUGACUACGGUAUAGACGGCGACGACAGUCAUUAUGAUAAUGCUGGUGGCGAUGGUUUUGCUUACGGAUUUGACCCGGGACUCGCAGAGCAUCCUGAUUAUCUAUGGCAUGCGAAUGCCCUGCCCUCGUAUCCAUUGUACGGGGACGUGGGUGCGAGUUAUCUAAGUCCCGGUGUGCUGGAUCCAUCCUUGCCAAAACAUCAGCCCCACCCAGUGGACCUGUCAGGCAUGCGAGAAGUGCAGCCGGAUCUGCGUGUGCCACUCGGAGUGGCAAACGGCCUUCACGACCCAUCAGUGAAUGAACUGCCCCCCAUUAGAUUUCAUUUCAGCGAAACGGCCUCUGCAAAGGUACCCGAGUACGUUGACGCUGCAUCCAACUUGGAGAGAAGUGCAGAACUUGCAGACAAUUAUGUGACUCGGUCAGAAGGUGAAAACUAUGAUGACAGGAGUGACGAGAAAGAGGGUAACAAUCUUGAUGGGCCAAGGGCAUGGCACAGUGGAAUUGUUCUUACUCAGGAGGUAGAAAACACACUCAGGUCUCCCGUAUCACCGGCCGCAGCGACAAUGCCGACGGACAGCGGGGAAAGCGGUGGCAUCUCGGAGCACGGAGAGAUCGUAAACGACAAGGCGCAUGGCACAGCAGCCGCCCCGCACAGAGAGAAGCACGGACAACUCUCUCCUGAAGGUAAUGGGCGCUUCGACACGUCGGGCACCAUCGGUCAGGCGUUCGACUCGGACGCUGCCGGAUGGAUAACGGUCAAGGAUGCCUCAUCUGUGACCGGGACGACGGCCGCCAAAGAAGUGUCCGAGGUACAAGCGACGAUCGGAUGGCACCGUGGCCAGAAUAGAGGAGUGACCACUGAGUGGGUGCGGGACUCCAGCGCUCAUGGCUCCACCACCACUGCCGCCACGACCGCCGCAGUCGCUCCUGCACCGCCUGAUGCUGAUAUCACGGGACCACCGGCGCCAGCGGCCAUCUCUGCUCUCGCUUCUCUGGAGGAGCUGAUCGGGAGCUGCUGUGACGAGGGGCGAUCGUGGGCGAUGGCCACGGGUCGCUGCGAGGACGUGGCCUCAAAAACUCGCGGAGCCACGGAAGAGUGCAGGAUCACGCAGGAGCAGUGCUGCCUUGCUGCUGUGCAGGAGUCGCAGUGCGGAGCGGGGAUCUCUGUGGCCAAGAGGAGCGGCUUCUGCACCGCUGAACCUUUGGAUCAGUGUGGGGCCGUGCAUUAUAAGCAAUGCUGCGAGUGCUGCUCGCUGGGCCUGCGGGCCAGGCGACGGGGCCGCGACUGCGAGGCGUCGCUGGGCUCCCUGGGCUCCCCGGGCUCGCUGGGCUCGCUGUGCGCGCUCGUUAUGCGCAGCUGCUGCCGGGAGCCCGAGACGGCGGCGGCGGUGGUGACGACGGCCCAGGCAGCGGCUCUCGGGACCCAGAUGUCCGUCGGUCCGGCGUUCAGCACCGCCGCCCCCAGGGUCACGCUGGAGCCAAUGGACGGCAGCGCUGAGACGUUGGAUGGGAGCGCGGAGGGAACGGAGCCCGGGGCCACGGUUCCCAGCCACAGCAUCGUAGCAGCAGCAGCGGACGUGGAGGCGUUCAGUGGAGAAGAGGACGCGGCCGCAACGGAACUCUGCCAAGGAGGUGCUUGCGCCCAGCUGUGCCACGCGACGGAGCAAGGCACCGUCUGUACUUGCAGCGCAGGCUUCCGCGAGCGAGGCCCAGGGGACACUUGUGCCGACAUUGAUGAAUGCGAGAGCGGCGCUCACAACUGCUCCGAGGGCCAGGAAUGCAGAAACACUUGGGGCUCCUUCGUUUGCUCCGAGGCCGACGAGAGCUGUCGCAGAGGCUUCGUCCGAAACCCGCGCGGACGCUGCGUCGACGUGAACGAGUGCCUGGCUGUGAGCCGCGCCUGCGGGCCGGCUCAGCGCUGCGUCAACUCCCCCGGCUCCUUCUCCUGCGAGCGCGGUGGCGGCUGCGACAGCGGCUAUCAGCUAGAUGAGGACAACGAUUGCAUCGACAUCGACGAGUGCGCGAGCGGCGGCCACGACUGCACCGACGGCACGGAGUGCAGCAACACCAAGGGCUCGUUCCUGUGCCAGGCGCGGGCGCAGUGCGGCGCCGGCUAUCGCCUCGACGACACCGGGGGCUGCGCCGAUGUGGACGAGUGCUCCGCUGAGCAGUCGCCCUGCUCCGGCGAGCUGCCGUGCGUCAACACGGCGGGCUCGUUCCAGUGCGGCGCCCAGCCCAUGCCGUGUGCCCGCGGGUUCAUCGCCAGCCCCAGCACGGGCGCAUGCACAGAUGUGGACGAGUGCACCACGGGCGUGCACGGCUGCGGCGAGGGUCAGCUGUGCCGCAACUCCCUGGGCAGCUACCGCUGCGAGUGCCGGCCCGGCUACCGUCACGACCCGCGCAGCCGCUCGUGCCUCGAUGUGAACGAGUGCGUGCAAGGCUCUGGGAAGCCUUGUGAGCAGCUGUGUGAGAAUACGCAGGGCUCCUUCCGAUGUCUCUGUGCACGGGGGCUGGCGCUCAGCUCUGACGGCAGGACAUGUGAAGAUGUGGACGAGUGCCUGCGCCCGUCCGUGUGCCAGCAGCGGUGCAGCAACACCUACGGCUCGUACCGGUGCCACUGCGAGCAGGGAUAUCGGCGCGGCCCGGGGAACAACAGCGCCACGUGCGAAGACAUUGAUGAAUGCUCCGACGGUGUCAGCGGAGGUGAGGUCUGCACGUACCGCUGCGUGAACACCCCGGGCAGCUACGCGUGCAGGUGUCCCGUGCCGGGCUACACGCUCUCGCCCAAUGGCCACGCGUGUCGAGACAUCGACGAGUGCUCCUCCGGAACUCACAACUGCACCUCCGCCGAGGUCUGCUACAACGUGGCCGGUGGAUUCCGUUGCCUGGCCUACAGCUGCCCGCCCAACUACAAGAAGACGUCGUCCACGCGAUGUGAGCGAAUAUCGUGCGAGGACGACAACGAUCACGACCGCCUCCUUCAUGAGCUGAAGCAGAAGGAGCUGAUUGAGCACCACCACCACCCUCACCCUCACCACCCUCACCACCACCAGGACUGCGCCACGAGCCCUGCGAUCAUCACCUACCACCGCGUGUCCUUCCCGGCGAGCGUGCGUCCUCCGGCUGCGGUGCUACACGUGGGCCCGUCGCGCACGCUGCAUGGCGACAGCGUGCUCCUCUCGGUGUCGCCGCACAGCGAUCCGGGAGCCCACUUCGGGGUGCGGACCCUCGCGGGCCAUCGGGGGGCGCUGUUCCUCCGGCGGCCUCUCAGCGGCGUCGCCGAUUUCCUCCUCGACGUGCAGAUACGGCUGCUGCGGCGCGACCGGCGUGCGCUCAGCCUCCUGGCGAGGGUUUUCGUCGUGGUCACCGACGAUCCGUUCCGCCGUCCGACCGUCGUGGACGGCGGCGGGGAGGGGUGGAAAAUCGUGUAGGGGAGGCGCUGGUGGCCGCGUCGAUUCGUACGCGCGCGUGCGUGUCGUGUGUGUGUUGUGCGUGUUGUGUGUGUGUGUUGUGCGCGCGUGUGUGUUGAAACUUCUUUUGCACCGGACGUAGCCGGCUCUGCUCAUCGGAGGUGCGGGGGGAAGGACAACAACAAACUAAACACAAAAGAGCAGUUCUGAAGGAAUUCGUUUUUCAAUCGAGAUUCGGUCAAAGUGCACAGCUCUCCGGCGGCUUCUUAAUAUCGGAAGCAAGAGCGUUCCAGACGGCCGCGGAAGCGCAUCUGAAAGCGCGUGAGAUGCGGUGACCGUCUUCGAUGGGCAAAACAUUUGAUUGCGCCCCCCUCCCCCCAUCUGUAGCCCCCUACCACAGACCUGGGGGGGGGGGUGUAAUUCCACGUUAAACAAGCCUUAAACCACAACGUUAAACGCCACGAUGAUGUCAUGUGACGGACAAUGUUCCAUCACGUGCCGGUUAAAUUGAAUGAUCCUCGGGAGGGUUGAUUGUAUCCACGGUUAAGUGAAGCGCCCGAAUUGAAUGUCACGGGUUCACUUCCGCGCGCGGUAACUUGUCGGCUUGGCUGAGACCAUCAAUCCGCUUGCCCUUGAGGAGCCGGUUCAAGCACCUGGGUGGCUGUGUAGGGAGUCUUUAAACCCACGAUCUCAGCAAUGUCCGGCUCAGCGCUCUUGACCUCUGACCCAUCUGGCCACCUCAAACCACCACCACCACUACCACCAAUCAUUAAAUCAUCACCACCGCCACCGCCGCUGCUAUCAUCAUAUCAUCAUCAUCUUUAGAGCAAUGUCAAAUGCACCAACGGUACUCAUUUUGUGUUUGAAGCUGCCACCGUCGACGUUUUGAUAUGUGCUGUGUGUCUCGUGACCUCUCAGUCGCUGAAUAAUGUAAGUGGCCGGCUUAAAGGAAUGUCCGAUUGUGCAGGAUCAAUGUUCUUUAACCAGGUGAGUGGCCGCUGAGGUUCAAACGUUGCCAAGACGCCCUGGGUAGAAUAGUUGCACGGGGGAAGGCUAUUUUAUUUUACUUUUUGUUACUUUCUAACUGAACGUUGAUGUAUUAGCUCUGCCCCGUCUGUCUUUCUGUUUGUCCCUCUGUCUUCCUUUGUUUGUCCAUCUGACUUAUCUGUCUGUCUCUAUUAAAGGGUCAAGAUAGCUCGCGUAAAAUGUGACCUGAUAUGAUUAUGAACGUCCCUGUUGAUGCGCUAUAUUGUGCUGUUUCGUGGACGCGCAUUGAAACUAUUCUUGUGCAUUGAAUUUCUUACGCUGCUGAGACAAAGACGGACUACACAUGCAUGACAGCCAUCGUUCUUCAGGAAGUGGCGAUGAUGUGAUCAUGGUCAUUGCGCCAGGAUAGGUGCACACGAAGGACCUCUUGCUCCAUUCCAUCCGCCUAUCCGUUUACUUACUGAACGUUUUCAUUACAUUGUAAGAUUGUUUUUAAUCAGAGAAAUUAACCGGAUAUUAUGACCGCAAGCCCAUCUUAAGCACACUGCACACAUAUUUAUAUUUCAGGCGUUACUUUUAUAUAAUUUGCUUUGUAGACUAUUCUUGUGUUUGCGUAUAUAUUGGAUGCUGUAAAGCAGAGGUGUGGACUCGAGUCAUGUGACUUGGACUCGAGUCAGACUCGAGUCAUGAAUUUGAUGACUUCAGACUCGACUUGAACUUGCAUAACAAUUACUUUGUCCCACCUUUACAGUGUAAAGCAUUUCAAGAAAGCCAUACGAUUUCUGUUUAAGUGAGAAUAUUAAUUUUCAGUGUACAAUGUCGGUCAAUUCUGCGAAUUUACCAGCCACGUUUAUCGAGUUAAAACUCAGUUGAUCGUCAGGACUGUGUGUGGUGUGGUAAAGUGUGGGUACCCCCACCUCGACGGAGACGUCUGCCCAGCAUGGAAGAGUAGGCCAAGCGCUCUCUAGAAGGGCCCUCCAUGGCCAACACGUACAUACAUGCAUUCACACACAACGUCAAUGUUUCAACAUCAAUGCAUCAACACAUACAUUCGCACAUACAUUCAUCAGUGCAUAAAUGCAUCAAGAUCAAUGCUUUUAACGCACACAUCAACGCGUGAAUGCAUUCACAUAUACAUGCAUCAAUGUAUCAACAUCAUUGCAUCAAUGCAUCCACGCACACCUUACAAUGUGGGCCUGGAUUGGCCUGUUGGCAAAUUCACAUUUUGAUUUUAAAAAAAAUUAGCCAAAAUAUGCACUGAUGUGUCCCAUUACGAACAAUGUGGCAUUCGCCCAUGUAAUGGACCAAAAACGAAUUGCUAUCAAGCCAAGGUAUCAAAACGUCAGUCAUGCUGAGUUAUUGAACGGCGAAUAAGAGACAUUGCUUUGACAGCUCACUCGUUUCAGGUGGUUAUCACCUAAUUCACUAUGAGUGGCCACACAGACAUUGGAACGGCUAAAGUUAUGCCACCUCAGAUGGCAUCGGCUAAAAUGAAACAUCUGGUCUGGGCUAGUGGAGAAUAAAUCCCUUCUGAGUUGCAACCGAUUCGUGAAUAUUAAGUCUGAGCCUACGCGCGCACAUUUAUGUUCGUUGUGCACGCGUGUAUCGAUUCACAGCCACCAAAGUCGCGGUCCGAAUUCAAUAAAUGAUUCUCAUUUGAACUUUAAUGCCUCCAGUGGCUGCACUGAUCACGUGAACCGCCGUCCACUCUUAGACGCACGUUUCGCAACUUUGCAAAAACGAUACGAAUGGGUACUUUGUUACACCCAGAGUAUACAUAUAGAGACCCGUAGCUUAUUUAUAUAGACGCGUGUGUCUGUGCUGUCUUCAAGUGUGCACGCCUUGUAUUUAUACGGAUCAACAACCUCGCAUUUAUUUCCAUUUAUUCCCACAUAAAUA